AUGGCGGCACUCGUCGUCGGCUUGCAGAGCAAUGAAUUGGCCGACUCUCUCGCUAAGAAACCAGUCGCUAAUUAUGAACAAUUGAUAGCCAAAGCCCAUGGAUACAAGGACAUGGAUGACGCACGGGCUUACAAAGCCUCAGUAUUUCCAGAAAUAUAUGGCGACAAUGAUACACAUCUAAUGGCGUAUUGGACGACUGAUGGAUUUCAAACUACGGGAUGCUACAAUCUUCUCUGCAAAGGAUUUGUACCUUAUAAAUCAUCAGAAUACGUCUUAGGGAAAAAAAUUAGACCCCUAUCCACAUAUAAUGGAGAUCAAUAUGUCAUUACAUUAAAAAUAUUCAAGGAUAAUACAACUGGGGACUGGGUGCUGCACGCUGGCCCCCAGGGAGACAAACGUGUAGGUCAUUGGCCAAAAUCUCUUUUUACUACUUUAGCGGAGGCUGCUACUCAUGUCCAAUUUGGCGGCUUCGUCUCUUAUCAUCCCGGCGACAGGACUCCUCCGAUGGGAAGUGGCCAUCCUCCUGUUGACGGCUGGGGCAAAGGAGCUUAUCUUAAAGAUCUAUUCGUAAUUUCUCCAACAGGCGAAUUUAUCGUUCCAUCAACAGAAGUACUCAAAAAUAAUCCAUAUUGUUAUUAUGUGGAUGCAAACUAUAUGUCACAUCAUCCAGUUUAUAUUGGUGGUGCUGGUGGUUGUACUUUUACUUGA